CUCCCGUCCGCUGCUGCUCCGGGGAGUCUCUCGUCUGUGAAGGUGGUCGGACGGUGACAGAGGAGCCUUGGGGGACUAGGGGGCGGGCCGGGUGUCCCGGAGCUUGGCCGAGCUGCAGCACGGGACGCCUCAGCACUUUCUGUCAAUUAUCUCACUUCAAAGGGUAAUGUGUAGAGAGUUUUGAAUAUGGGAAUCUAGAACUGGGACAUAAUUCUCUCCUAAUCCACUUGGCUCACCUCCUCUCACAGCUAUCCUGCCUAUGUAUUUGCAAGAGCAACAAAAGAAGAGUAAUUGUUUUGAUUUCUGAAGAAAUGUUGGAUGUAAUUCUUACCUUUGUUCCUUUGUGGAAGCAGAAGGGGAGUUUUCUUUGCUAUUUACUAUCCAGGAAGAGUUGUUGAUACUUUUUCUUUCAUUUUUUACUGAUAGGAUGGAAUGUUGACUUCUAAGCUUUUCAUGUAUGCAAAUAGAAAACUAAAGGACUUCAUGUCCUUUGAGGAUGUGGCUCUGUACUUCACCUGGGAAGAAUGGCAGUAUCUGGAUGAUGCUCAGAGGACCUUGUACAGGGACGUGAUGCUGGAGACCUACAGCAGCAUGGUGUCAUUGGGGCACUGCAUUACCAAACCUGGGUUGAUCCUCAAGUUGGAGAAAGGGACAGGGCCAUGGACAGCAGAAGAACCCCUAAACCAGAGGCUCCCAGAUGUCCGGGAAGUUGAUGGUCUAUUUCACGGGAGCCAAGAAAGUCACUGUAGACAUUUGUGGCAAGUUGUAAUCACCACCAACAACACAUCAACUGAGGAAAGAAUAUUGGACCUUGCUAAGCAUCAGAGAACUCACAUGGAGGAACAGUCCUAUGGAUGUAUUGAAUAUAAAGAAAACUUUCAUGAGAAGUCACUACUCAGCAAGCAUCAGAGAAUUCACACUGUUGAGAAGCCAUAUGAAUGUGAUGUAUGCAGAAAAACUUUCUGUGCUGUAUCACAGCUCAGUAUGCAUCAGAAAAUUCACACAGGUGAGAAGCGCUUUGCAUGUAGUGAGUGCGGAAAAUCCUAUUGCCGAAAGUCACACUUGAGCAGACAUCAGAGCACUCAUACUGGUGAAAAGCCAUAUGAAUGUGAAGAAUGUGGAAAAGCUUUUAAACGGAAGUCACACCUCAGCUGGCAUCAGAGAAUUCAUACAGGUGAGAAACCCUAUGAAUGUAAAGAAUGUGGAAAAGCUUUUAAACGGAAGUCACACCUCAGCAGGCAUGAGAGAAUUCAUACAGGUGAGAAACCAUAUGAAUGUAAAGAAUCUAGGGAAACAUUGUACAGCAGAUCACACCUCAGUGUACAUCAAAGUAUUCAAGGAGGUGAGAAUCCAUGUGAAUAUAAUAAAUGUGGACAAACCUUUCACCUGAACUCAAACUUCUGGGUGCAUCAGAGUCCUCACACAGGGAAAAACCCCUGUGAAUGGGGUGAAUGUGGAAAAACAUUUCGGCAGAUGUCAGCCCUCAUAAAGCAUCAGAGAAUUCACACAGGUGAGAAACCAUAUGAAUGUAAUGAAUGUAGGAAAUCUUUUUUUUACAAGUCAUCUCUUGCUAUGCAUCAGAGAAUUCACACAGGUGAAAGACCCUAUGAGUGUAAUGAAUGUGGAAAAUCCUUUCAGCAAAAGUCGCUCCUCACCAUCCAUGAGAGAAAACACACAGGUGAGAAACCAUAUGAAUGUAGUGAAUGUGGAAAAGCUUAUAGUGAAAAAUCAUACCUCAAUAGGCAUCAGAGAAUUCACACAGGUGAGAAGCCAUAUGAAUGUAAAGAAUGUGGGAAAAGAUUCUACAGUAAAUCACACCUCAUUGUACACCAGAGAAUUCAUACAGGUGUGAAACCCUAUCAAUGUAAGGAAUGUGGAAAAAAUUUCUACAGUAAAUCACAUCUGAAUGAACAUCAGAGAAUUCACACAGGUGAGAAAUCAUAUGAAUGUAAUGAAUGCAGUAAAGCGUUCUACAGAAAAUCACACCUUAGUGCACACCAGAGAAUUCAUACAGGUGAGAAACCCUAUGAAUGUAAAGAAUGUAGGAAAGCUUUCCACAAUAAGUCACAACUUAAUGCACACCAGAGAAUUCAUAUAGGUGAGAAAUCGUAUGAAUAUGAACAAUGUAGGAAAAACAACCAUAAAGCUGCUCUGACUCUGCAUCAGAGAGGCCAUGAGAGAAAACACACUGGUGAGAAACCAUAUGAAUGUAAAGAAUGUACUAUAAGUUUCUAUAGUAAAUCAAAAUUAAGUGGAUGUCAGAUAAUUCACACAGGUGAGAAACCCUAUGAGUUUAAUGAGUAUAAAAAAACCUUUUACCAGAAGUCACACUUUAGCAACCAUCAGAGCACUGACACUAGUGAAAAACUAUAUCAAUGUAAAGAAUGUGGGAAAGCCUUUACAAAAAUGUCACAUCUCAACAGACAUCAGAGUAUCCACACAGGUGAGAAACCAUAUGCAUGUAAAGAAUGUGGAAAAGCCUUCAGUGAAAAGUCAUACCUCAACAGGCAUCAGAGAAUUCACACAGGUGAGAAACCAUAUGCAUGUAAAGAAUGUGGAAAAGCCUUCAGUGAAAAGUCAUGCCUCAACAGGCAUCAGAGAAUUCACACAGGUGAGAAACCAAAUGUAUGUAAAGAAUAAGGAAAACCUUUUAACAGAAGUCAGUUUUUAAGUACGUGAGAGAAUUUACACUGUUGAGAAACCCUCAGUGUAAUGAAUGUGCACAAACUUUUUACCAGAAGUCAGUCCUCACUACAUCACAGAACUCACACAGGUCAGAAAUGCUAUGAGUGUAAAGAAUGUGGAAAAACUUUUAACUGAAAGUUACAUGUCAGCAGGCAUCAGAGCUCAUGCAAAUGAGAAACCAUAUGGGUGUAAAUCAUGUAAUAAACUUUCCCACUGUAAGUCAUACCUCACUGAACAUCAGAAUUCACAGAGGUGAGAAAUCAUAUGAAUGCAAUGACUUUGAGAAUAUAUAUUAUCAAAAAUUAGCCCUAACUAGACAUGAAAGAAAUCACACAAAGGGAAAAACCAGUAAAUGUUAAUGUGUGGAAAAACCUUGUGUCAAUACUCACACCUCAGGAUGCAUCAGAGAACUCACACAUAAUCCCUGUAAAUGUAGAGGUGUCCCUUGUUAUUCACAAGGGAUUGAUUUCAGGACCUCCCGUGAAUACCAUCUCCCUCUCAUUCCCCUUUCCUUAUCAAACUACUGUAACCACCUAUUUGUUUCUCCCUCUUAAAAUAAUUUAAUCCAUACACAAGCCUGUCACUGCUUCACAAACACACUGCCCCAACCUCCCCUGGUCUUUUUUUUAAAGGUAUGGUGUAUUAGAUAUGUCAUCUACAGACAUUGUUUUUUUCAUAUAACAGUAUAUCGUUGGGGUCUUAGUACAUAUGGAACUCCGCUUUACAUUUUUGAAAGGCUACAUGGUGGUCCACUGUAUGGAUAGAAUGUAAUUUAACUGUACUCCCCUAUCGAUGGGCAUUUAGGUUUCAUGUGUUUUGCUGUUACACAUAAUGCUGUAAAGGCCAUUCAUGCAUAUUCAUCAUUGUGCAAACAAGGGAGAAUGUCAGAUAAAUUCAGAGAAGUCUACCUGCUUUUCUCUUAUUAACCACAUAUGCCAAAAUAGUGUCUUCUUAAAAUUUUUCUAGUACUAUGAAAAAACUUAAAUGGAUUCAUUACCAUUUCUGGGAAUAUAUCUUAUGAAAAUAGUUGAUGAUGUAUGUCUGUAUUGUUUAUAAUGGUAAAAAAAACUACAGGCAGCAUGAGGGGAUUUGUUAAAUUAUAAUACAUCCAUAGGGUAAAAUUCUUUUCAGCCAUUAAAUAUCAUUCAUAUCAUUUUUUGAUCAACUCGUUUCAAGUUUACCUUUUUUUAACCUUUAUGUUCUCACCUGAAAUUUUAUGCAAGUUAGUGUUAAUAAAUUUUGAAAUUAUAUAAUUGUCACAGAUGUAUCAAUACACAGCAGAAAGCAAAACACCACCACCUUCUUUACCCAGUUAUUUCCCUUUCUUGCAAUAACUGCAGCCAGUUUGGUGAAGACUAGCAGGGCUUUUCCAUAAGUGCAUUUUACGUAGUACUACAAGUUUUACCUUUUUACUCAAGUAACACAUGAAUAAAUUCUGUCUUUAAAUGUGCAGAAAAUGCAAAGUUAUUUGGAUUAAUAUUCUUUGUUAUAUUUUGGGACUAAGCCUUUCUACUUUAUCUGUAGCAAACCACCAAAAGAAGGCUGCUGUAUCUUUUCAAUGUGUUUUUAAAAAUUAGAUCUAAGAAUGACAAGGGUGUUUGUCUGAGUCAAUUCUGUGAUCAGCUGAGUCUGAGGUUCCUGGCAGAUGUCUGAGUGGAGGAACUUAGUUAAAAUCUGAAUGUUGCUAAUGACACAGACAUCGCCCUGACUAGUACUAUGGGCUGAAUUGUAUCCCCUCCAAAACUAAUUCCAGUUGCAGUCUUAACCCCCAUUACCUCCAAAGGUGACUGUGUUUGGAGAAAAGGCAUUUAAAGAGAUGGUUAGGUAAAAAUAAGCCUGGGCCCUAAUGCAAUCUGGUGGUGGUUUAUAUGACAAAAGAUUAUAUCAUAUGAAGAGAUAUCCGGGUCAGUGUGCAUGGAGGACGAUCUUAUGAAGAGGAAAUGAGAAGUUGGCUAUCAGCCACCCAAGGCAAUAACCUCACAGGAAACCAAUCAUGCCAGCAUCUUGAUGUUGGUCUUCCAGACUCCAGAGCUGUGAAAAAAUUAAUUUCUGUUGGUUAAGCCACUCAGUCUGUGGUAUUUUGUAUGGAAGCCCAAGCAAGCUCAUGCAACUAGCCAACAUGAAAUCUAGAGCAAUUUUGAAACUGGGUACCCCAUUUGGAUGAAGCCUAAAAGUUUUAUGAAAGUGAGCUGUGCCCUUUGUCCAUCAAGCUGAUAGUGAUUUAGGCUCUGGGAACAGGAAUCUUUAGUUAGGGAGUUAGGAUUUACAGCUAGCAAUUGAGGAAGCAAGUACAGGAAGGCAGUGGGUCAGAAUAUGAUACUAAAGUGAUCAGGAGAGUGAAAACAUUCAUGAAGUUGUUGGGAUAAAAGACACUAUCUUAACACAUAUUUUUGAGAUGUCUUUAUGUAGGGACAAAAACUACAACUCCCCCAGUCCUCAGAAUGUGCUGGUCUGAGGUAAACUGUUAAAAGAAAUAGAUUGAUAAGAACCAGAUGAUAGUAGAAACCAAAAGUAGCAUCUUUGUUCCCGGAAAUCCUGCUUCUUUCUCCUCAGAGACUCAGCCAAGCAGAGCUGUUCACUAGCUACUCAUGCAGCCCCUCCUCCAAACACCAAUAUUUUAAAAUCCCUACAUGUAAACUUUUUGAGAGAGGAGAUCAGAUUUUUUUUUUAUUUGAGCAUUUCCCACCUGAUCUCCGUUACUCAGCCUUGUAGUAAAGCUUAAUUUCCCUCACCACAACUCCGUGUUAGUAUUUUGGCUUUACCUGCACAUAAAAUGAACAGGCCCAAGCUUGGUUUGAUUACAAUUUUGGCAUCCCUGAUGGGACUUUAAGCCCCCAAGUGGGUGCUUCACUUGUGGCACAAAGAUUCCCUGGUCUAGCAGUGUCCUUGGAGCUGUCUUGAGUCUUGUCAUAUCAGGGUCAGCUCCAAGCAUCUGGCUGCUGACCUGAGUGCCAUUGGACCUUGGUGCAUCUCAGCACUCAGAGUAAAAGAAAUGGAAGCACUAGACCUUUAGGAGAUUCCUUGAGUGAGUAAAGCAGAAUGUGUGUGCAGUGGCACCAAGAGUAUUUUUCCUUUAGAUACUGAGUCGUUUUUGUAGGAAAAUUCUUUUGGUGGGAUUCUUUCCUUAAUUGAGUUAGUGGGACUGAAACUCUUCAGAGACUUGUAGUUUGUCUGAUUUGAGAAUUUGUUAGUUGACUUGUGAGCUAGCCUGUGAAACUUGUUUCUUGAAAACCUAUGUUAUUUGGAUGUUUGGUUUGAAACCUUGUGAGAGCUAUCAUUUGAAACCAGUUAAUCCUACUGUUUGUGAACUAGUGAACUUGUGCAAAUUUGUGUCUUGUGUUAAUCUGAGUCAUCAGAGAAC